CCGGCACGGGAAGAUGGGAUUUCACAGGGCAGGGCUAAUUUCACUGUCCUUUAUAAUUGGUAGGGGCCUAGCUAUAGAAAAUAAUGAGUACCAAAAUGCUCUUCAAUCUAGUCAAGAAAGGCACAACAAGAAGCAACGGCUGUCAGCUGAAGCCAGAGAAAUUCAAAUUAGAAGUGAGGCAAGAAUUUUUGACAGUGACGGAGACAAACCAAUGGAACAAAUUACCAAGGGAAGAGGUGGAGUCUCUGUUUCCUGAUGGCCUCACAUCACAACUGGUUGUCUUUCUGGAAGCCACUGUUGGUCUCCCUGCUGGCAGGGCAUUGUGCAGCUCCCUUUUCAGCCCACCUUGGUGCGGGAAAGCGAGGAAGAGGGCCAGGAACAGACCAACUCUGAGCAUCUGCCACCCAGCACUGCGCCAUCUAGACCUAUUCCAGGAUGGAGAGGCUCAGGCCGAUGAUGGAGAGGCUCAGGCAAAUGCUGCAGAAGAAGGCUGUGCAGCUCGACUCCAGAGCCAGUGGGAAGCAGCUGCCAGCUUCCCCAGGAGGAGAGCAGGCCCCUCUGUCCCCACUGGAGGGGAAGUAGCUUGUGGCCAGGCCAAGCGGUGGAUGUGCCUGGCAUUCUGGAGGAGGGAGACACCAGCUCCCAGAGGAGGCCCUGAGGCAUCUUCUGGGGCAAAAUGGAGGUGGCCCAGGGUGCAGCUGUGCAGGAGGGAGCUUGGAAAAGCAACGUCAAAGGAGGUGUAA